AUGGCACGUCCACGGCACAGGCGCCUGUGUCCACCCAGAUCCAUUGGCCAUAACAAAUCUUCCCACCCCAUUUGGCGAUUGGCACCGCUUUGGCACCGUGCCGUGGACCGACCUCAGGCUGAGGCUGCGCUUUCACUCAGCUCAUAUCGUGCCUGCGUGAGUACUGAAACAACAUCCACGUCUUUGAGUAUCUCUACUCCGCGAGACAUGUGGUCUAUAGCACGCGAGAUCGCAGAGGGCGACCUCGUAAUUAUCUGGCUCACCCGUGAUGUGAUCCAACCCCUGGUCAUUACACCGGGAAAGGAACUGAACAGCAAAUUUGGUGUUUACCGACACACAGACCUGGUCGGCGUGCCAUAUGGCUCUAAAAUCGCUUCACGCAACGGAAAGGGCUUCGUACACGUCCUCAGGCCUACCCCCGAAUUAUGGACGCUCGCCCUGCCACACCGCACGCAGAUCCUAUAUCUUGCUGACAUUGCCUUCAUCGUCUCAUGGCUGAACAUACGACCCGGCAGUCGCGUCAUUGAAGCUGGUACUGGCUCGGGUUCCUUCUCCCACUCGGUCGCUCGCACGAUAGGCAGCAGCGGUCAUCUGUGGUCAUAUGAGUUCCACGAGGCACGGGUCACCAAAGCCAGGGAAGAAUUUAGCCGCCAUGGAAUGGAAGAUAUUGUCACUCUCACACACCGUAAUGUUUGCAAGGAUGGCUUCACCGUUGAAAACACGGUAGACGCGGUCUUCCUUGAUUUACCUGCGCCAUGGGAGGCGGUCGAACAUGCAAAAACGGCAUUGCGGAAGGACCGCAUAACGCGAAUAUGCUGCUUUAGCCCAUGUAUGGAACAGGUCCUCCGAACAGUGAGCGCCUUGAACGAUGCAGGUUUCACGGACAUCACCAUGUACGAGACGCUCAUCCGCCCGCACCAGGUCGAUGCAGUACCGCCGCUGACCCCGAUAAGCGAGAUUGGCGAGAAGCUGAAGAAAACGGAGGCGCGAAGAGAGGAGAAGCGCCAGCGCCAGAUCGCGAGCUCUCGGGCGGCGCUCGCACGCCGCGAGGCGGCAUCCGGGAAGCGGAAGCGCGGGGACGACACUGGGGAGGCGCCUGUCGACGACGCGGAGGGGGGGAUCGCGGGGAAGAGAGCGAAGACGGACGACGAAAAUGAUGCCAAAGACACCAAAUCAAUCGCGGGAGACGCUGUCGUGUUCAAGGAGGAAGAAGUCGUUCCAGCCGUGUCUCACGAUGUGCUACUCGAAGCGUCCAUCUUAGCGGAGACGGCGCCUCCAACGAAAAUCAGCGUGUCGAAGGCGUUUCCCGAAGUGCGGGGGCAUACCUCCUACCUCACCUUCGCCUGUCUCCUGCCCGCGUCCGUCAGUGCUGAGAAUGCAGCAUCAGGGUCCCAGCCAAUUGGCACUUCAGGUGGAACGCGGUCCGUUGAGAACGCGGAAGCUUCCCCAGCCACGGGCACAAUAAUUACUACAUAA